AUGCCUGCCUUCAAAGCCGGCGAUGCCUUCCCCGCCGAUGUGAGCUUCGGCUACAUUGCGCCCACGCCCGAGACCAGCGACGUGCUCGCCUGCGGCAUGCCGUCCAAGUACGAUGCCAGCAAAGACUUCGCCGACAAGAAGGUCGUCCUCGUGGCCGUACCCGGCGCCUUCACACCCACGUGCCAGAACCAGCACAUCACCGGCUUCCUGUCCAAGCUGAAGGACAUCAAGGCCAAGGGCGUUGACAAGGUCAUCGUGAUCGCGUACAACGACCCCUUCGUCAUGGCCGCCUGGGGCAAGGCCAAUGGGAUCACCGACGACUCUAUCCUCUUCAUGUCCGACGACGGCCCCGCCUUCAGCGAGAGCAUGGGCUGGACCCUGGGCCCGCGCACCGCGCGGUACGCCAUGAUCAUCGACCAUGGCAAGGUCGUCUACGCCGAGAAGGAGCCCGGAAAGGAUGUUGGCGUCUCGGGCGCCGAUGCCGUCAUCGCGAAGCUAUAG